AUGUCACAGCGCACGGCGCAGUCCACCCACCACCCAGCCACUGCCCCGCAGGCUUUUCGCCCAGCCAAGGACGGGGGGGUGGAUGGGCGGACGAUCUGGGCAGCCGCCCAGCCCACCGACCCCCUCCUCGGAGCCGCUCUCGGCUCGCUCGCCAAGCUCAUCGACAUCCGCCGCCCCCAAGACCUCUACCCGGAUGCCCGCCGCUACAAGCGCCAGAUCCAUCUCCACGUCGGCCCCACCAACAGCGGCAAGACCCACUCGGCACUCAGGGCUCUCCAUGCCGCCCACACCGGCGUCUAUGCCGGGCCCCUCAGACUGCUCGCCCACGAGGUCUUCACCCGCAUCAACGCCGGCCAGGUCGCCCCCGACCUGCCCCCCCGCCCCUGCAACCUGCUCACCGGCGAGGAGCAGCGCGUCAGCUCGCCCACGGCCGGGCUCACCAGCUGCACGGUCGAGAUGCUGUCCUGCCAGCAGUUCUACGACGUCGUCGUCAUCGACGAGAUCCAGAUGAUCGGCGACCCGUUCCGCGGGGACGCAUGGACCCAGGCCCUGCUCGGCGUCCAAGCCAAGGAACUCCAUCUCUGCGGCGAAGAGAGCGUGGUCGGACUGGUCGAGCGGCUGGCCGACUCCUGCCAGGACCAGUUCAUCCUCCACCGCUACCAGCGUCUCACCCCGCUCAGGAUCGCCGACUCGAGUCUCAAGGGCGACCUCUCCCAGGUCCGAAGGGGGGACUGUCUCGUCACCUUCAGCCGGAAUAACAUCUAUGCGCUCAAGAAGGCCAUCCAAGAGGCCACCAACCUCAGAGUCGGAAUGGCCUACGGGGGUCUGCCUCCCGAAGUCAGAGAGAGAGAGGCCCAGAUGUUCAACCGCGGCAGUCAGGUCGAAGGCGAAGGCGGAUACGACGUCCUGGUCGGUAGUGAUGCGAUCGGUAUGGGCCUCAAUCUCAAGAUUAAACGGGUGAUCUUCCAGUCCUUGCACAAAUUUGACGGCCGCAAUGAGGUUCCACUGAGUACUUCACAGAUCAAACAGAUCGGCGGACGCGCGGGACGGUUUGGGAUUUUGCCCAAGACAGACCAAUCCACCGCCCCGGAUGGACGACCACGACUGAAGACGACUGAAGAGGGCGGGACGAUAGGCGAGGUGCUGACGCUGAACGAGUCGGACAUGAGUCUCCUACGCCACUCGAUGGCUGCGCCGUUCGAGAAGAUCCACCGGGCGGUGCUCAAGGCGCCAUUCACGACGGUCGAGGGGCUGGCCCGACGGGCCCCGCCGGGGGUGCGCUACUCGAGCCUGCUCGAGCUGCGUCGCACGCUCACCCUGACCCGGCCGGAAUACGCGAUCGGGGACGAGAAGAACGCAGCCUCGAUCGCAGACGCGCUCCAACACAUCCUCCCCCUCAGCCUCGCCGAGCGCGACCUCUUCUGCUCCGCCCCCGCCGGCGCCAGAAACACGCUCGCCAUCGCCACCUUGCAGCAAUGGGCCCACGCGCAUGCUCAUCGACGGCAGGUCGACUUCAUCGGCUGGCUCCGACACGAAAACAUCGAGCAAACCAUCCAAUCCAUCGAAUCCUCCGUCAAACCCAACUCAUCAUCUACUGCCACUAGCAGUCAACCCAAGAAGCCGAACAGCAAAAACCAGCUCAGGGUAGAACGGAUCCACAACGAAACCUUGCUCAGAUUAGAAUCCAUUCAUAAAUGCUUGGUGCUCUACCUCUGGCUCGCCUUCCGUCUCCCCGAAUCCUUCGUCCAUUUCGACCGCUGUCAAGAGCUCAAACUUCGCACUGAAACCGUCCUCGGCAUCGGGCUCAAUUCUAUCCCCUAA